GCCUCGAACGUACAGUUCUUGAUUUGACGCAGGCUGUGGUAGAUGUAUAUAGUGCUAAUCUGAGUUCGGGUCCUGAAAACCGGCACGUAGAAACAGUGAUAAGCAGCACCAACACAAUGGAUGAAGGUGGCCACAGGUACUCGCCGCUACUAGGCGAUUCUGAGGAAAAAGUCAUGCCCAGAUUUUGCCUCCAUAGGACGCCUUUGGAGAGGAAGCUGAUACUGCUGUCGACAGUUCUGGCAGUAACGACGUUCGCUCUAAUCAUUGCAGUGGCAGUUCUAGACCACAAAUAUCAUGAAGCAGAAGCUAACACAUCGACUGCUGCUCCUGUUACAACAGUGGCUACAAGUACGUUAUCUCCUCUCACUACCACUGGAAUUACAACUGUUACUACAGGUACAACUGCCCCUUCAAGCACACCUACUAAAUCAAGUACAACUGUUACUACAGGUACAACUGCCCCUUCAAGUACAACUAUCACUUCAAGCACACCUACUAAAUCAAGUACAACUGUUACUGCAGGUACAACUGCCCCUUCAAGUACAACUAUCACUUCAAGCACACCUACUAAAUCAAGUACAACUGUUACUGCAGGUACAACUGCCCCUUCAAGUACAACUAUCACUUCAAGCACACCUACUAAAUCAAGUACAACUGUUACUGCAGGUACAACUGCCCCUUCAAGUACAACUAUCACUUCAAGCACACCUACUAAAUCAAGUACAACUGUUACUGCAGGUACAACUGCCCCUUCAAGUACAACUAUCACUUCAAGCACACCUACUAAAUCAAGUACAACUGUUACUGCAGGUACAACUGCCCCUUCAAGUACAACUAUCACUUCAAGCACACCUACUAAAUCAAGUACAACUGUUACUGCAGGUACAACUGCCCCUUCAAGUACAACUAUCACUUCAAGCACACCUACUAAAUCAAGUACAACUGUUACUGCAGGUACAACUGCCCCUUCAAGUACAACUAUCACUUCAAGCACACCUACUAAAUCAAGUACAACUGUUACUGCAGGUACAACUGCCCCUUCAAGUACAACUAUCACUUCAAGCACACCUACUAAAUCAAGUACAACUGUUACUGCAGGUACAACUGCCCCUUCAAGUACAACUAUCACUUCAAGCACACCUACUAAAUCAAGUACAACUGUUGCUACAGGUACAACUGCCCCUUCAAGUACAACUAUCACUUUAAGCACACCUACUAAAUCAAGUACAACUGUUACUACAGGUACAACUGCCUCCUCAAAAAGAAUCGUCCCUCUAACCCUAUCUACUGCUGCAAAUACAGUCAUUCAAAACCUAAUCAUCACUCCACAAUAUAUACCCAACCCUUCAGGUAAAACCAUCAAGACUACAAAAACAACCACCAUUCGGUCCACAACAAUCACUAAAACCAGUAAAUCGCCUACUGCACCUAGUACAACAACGGCAAAGGGUACAGCAACUUCAACAACGAGUUCAGGAGCAACGUCUCGUACUACUUCGAAGACCAGAACCACAGCCAAACCUGAUACUACGCCUAGCGCUUCACCAGUCUCCACAGUCUCAAGAUGGCUCAUAUUUGUCACAUUAAUUCUCCUUUUGGCUCAAUAAAAACUACCAACAUUUCUCCAUAGUUCAGUUUUUCAUAAAGUAGCGUAAGCAUUUGCUCCUUAACUUAGUUAACCUUCAGGGUUAGAUUUCGAGAUCGUCGUCUAGUCAGUUGGUAAACAUGGGAUCUCAGGGCGUGUAAACGUGAUUUGGCAGCGUAAACGAAGGAAUCGAGUUGGGAAUUUGAAGUGCAGACGGUUAAUUACUUACGAAUAAAUCACAGUUAGAGAUUCAUAGUUGGCCGCUUUUUUAUUGCUAGUGGCUGGGACUAGUCCCCUUGCACUGCGGCAACUUUUCGCCUAUUGUACCAGUCCCAGAUGACAGGUGAGGGUGAUUGUGGAGCAAUUGGUGGAAUGAGGAUUGGCAGGGG